AUGCAACCAAGAGCUAAAAAUGGAAUUGUUAAGCCCAAACUGCAUCCCACUCUAUUUCUCACACACCUGGAAUCUGCCACUAUUCAGCAGGUGCUUGCUGCCCCACAGUGGCUGGUAGCAAUAAAAAUUGAGUAUGCUACACAUUUUCAAAACAAUACUUGGUCCCUAGUCCCUCCACCACCUAGUGGUAAACCUAUAGGGUGUAAUUGGGUGUUUAGAAUGAAAGAGAACCCUGAUGGAUCAAUUGAUAAGUAUAAGGCACGCCUUGUGGCAAAAGGAUUUCAUCAACAGGCUGGUUCCGACUUCAUUACAACAUUCACUCCAGUGGUCAAACCGGUCACGGUGCACACUGUGCUAACUAUUGCAAUGCCCAACAAUUGGCAUAUUCAUCAUAUUGAUGUCAACAAUGCCUUUUUAAAUGGUGUUUUAGAAUAA